AUGAUGCUGAAGCAAACAGCGAAGAAGACUUUUCUAGGACUACGGAAUUCGACGGCGGGGUGUCGAUUCUACCACGAGAAUGUUAUAGAUCACUUUGAAAACCCUAGAAACGUUGGGUCCUUCAAGAGGGAUGAUCCCAACGUUGGCACAGGACGGGUUGGAACAGCUGCCUGCGGGGACUUGAUGGCCCUCCAGAUUAAGGUCGAUGAGUCCGGUCACAUCACUGACGCUCGAUUUAAAACCUUUGGCUGUGGUGCCGCCAUCGCCGCUUCUUCCGUCGCUUCUGAAUGGAUCAAGGGCAAAACAAUAUCUGAAGUUGUGACCAUUAAGAACUCGGCAAUUGCAAAGCAUCUUCGCUUGCCUCCUGUCAAGCUGCAUUGCAGUAUGCUUGCUGAGGAUGCUAUCAAGUCCGCCGUCCAAAACUACAAAGAGAAGAAAGUGAUUGCGGAUGCCGCCGUGGCUUGAGGGUUUAUAGUUUUUUUACAUUUUAAAAGGACUGGUGUGUCUAAUGUUUAUUAACUACUGAAAACUGGCAUGUCCUGAGGCUUUUUUUUUUUUU